ACCCUUUAAAACUAUCAUCUUAUUAAUAAUUUUAAAAUGUAUCUUCUUUGGCUUUUCGUACCUUUUGCUACAUUAGGAAUGGAGAAUGUAGAACUGCAGGAAAAGGACUAGAUAUGAAAACCAUUGUGUAACAAGCUCAUAGAUCUGUCUCACCAACAAUGGUCUAAAUUGAGUGGAAUUAAGAAAGACGAAGAACUAAGUUUCCAAGGAUGGAUCCAUAUGCUCUUCUUUCAUUGGUCACAGGGUCACUACGUGUAUUGGUGACGCAAAGUUUGAGGUCUUUUUGAGUUGGUUUUAUGUUGAUUGGGUUGCCAACUGACCCCGGAUCUGGAAGGGCUGUAGGAAUGUGGGCUCCCUUCAAUUGCUUAGGCUUUGUGUUGCUGAUUUGCUCCAGACAUUUUUAUUCGAUUCAAUACAUCGACAGCAAGAGAUCUUGUUUAUAGCGAUACAGAUAUUUUGCCAUCGGGUUCACAGAGUUGAGCUAGGGACCAACUGGUUGGUGAGUGCAGCAUCUUAAGAUUUAGACCUGGAUCCACUUUCAUGUAUACCAUGAGGAGGAGAACCCCUGAUUUUCGACGACCAGUGAGGAGGCGAUAUUCUCGUGGGCUGCUGGCAGUCUUUGGAGGCUUGUUCAUCAUCUUGAUCCUUUUACUUUUGAGCCAUCAGCGACAGCCGACUCCUGAUACUAACAACCUUAAGACAGGUGAAGAUUCAAGACGAAGCAUAGCAGAGGGCACUAAUUUCACAGAGGAGAUGCUUAGUGCCAAGUCUCUCACAAGACAGUUGGGAGAUCAGAUGACUCUGGCUAAAGCAUACGUUGUUAUUGCUAAAGAAAACAACAAUCUGCAACUUGCAUGGGAUUUUAGUGCUCAAAUAAGGGGUUGUCAAUUAUUACUAUCCAAAGCAGCUACCAGAGGCACCCAGGUUACCAUGGAAGAAGCAGAAGCUAUUAUUCGAGAGUUGUCAUUACUGAUCUAUCAUGCCAAAGAACUUCACUAUGACAGUGCUACAAUGAUCAUGAAAUUGAAGGCCCAAAUACAAGCUUUGGAAGAACGUGCAAAUGCAGCCACUAUACAGAGUACCACAUUUGGACAGUUGGCUGCAGAAGCAGUGCCUAAGGGUCUUUAUUGUUUGGGUACAAGAUUGACUAAGGAAUGGUCCAGAAAUCACAAACUCCAGAAGUACAUGGAUGGGCAGAAUCACAGUCCUAAACUUGUGGAUAAUAGAUUGUAUCAUUUCUGUGUGUUCUCAGAUAAUGUUCUUGCAACAUCUGUGGUGGUGAACUCCACAGUCGAGAAUGCUGAUCAUCCCGAGCAGCUUGUCUUCCAUAUAGUUACUGAUGAAGUUAAUCACGCUGCCAUGAAGGCUUGGUUUGCUAUGAACUACUACAGGGGAGCAACAGCAGAAGUGCAGAAUAUAGAUGACUUUACUUGGCUCAAUGCAUCAUAUGUUCCUGUACUGAAGCAGCUACAAGAUGAGGAAACACGAAGUUAUUAUUUUAAAGGUUCUCAGGAUAUGAAGAGUGCUGUUAAGUUUCGGAACCCAAAGUACCUUUCAAUGUUGAACCAUUUAAGGUUCUAUAUUCCUGAAGUAUACCCUGCUCUUGAGAAAGUGGUCUUCCUGGAUGAUGAUGUUGUGGUUCAAAAAGACUUGACACCUCUUUUCUCAGUAGACUUGCAUGGAAAUGUGAAUGGUGCAGUUGAAACCUGCCUUGAGACAUUUCACCGGUACCAUAAAUAUCUCAAUUUCUCUGACACCAAAAUUCGUUCUCACUUCGAUGCGGAUGCUUGUGGGUGGGCCUUUGGAAUGAAUGUGUUUGAUCUUGUAGCAUGGAAGAAAGUUAAUGUUACAAGCCGAUAUCAUUACUGGCAGAAACAGAAUGUUGAUCGAACUCUCUGGAAGUUGGGUACUCUGCCUCCAGGCUUGCUUACAUUCUAUGGUCUAACUGAACCACUUGAUCGGCGGUGGCAUGUACUGGGAUUAGGCUAUGAUCCAAAUGUUGAUAUGCAGCUGAUAGAAAGUGGAGCUGUUGUGCAUUACAAUGGGAAUAUGAAACCAUGGUUAAAAUUAGCAAUGAACCGGUACAAACCUAUAUGGGAAAAGUAUGUAAAUUAUUCACAUCCACUAGUGCAGCAGUGCAAUGUCCAUUAGUCUUGGCCUGGCACCAUAUAUUCUAUUUUGAAAUUUUCUGCUAAAUUCUCCAAUUAUCAACAUUGAUGGUUUACACAGCUGCUGUAAAUCAUCAAUUUGGGGCAGUUUUGCUAUUUAGAAAACUGCAGCUGCAAUUUUUAGUGCCCAUUGUUUUUCAUAGUAGGGGUGGUUUGGGACCCUAGAUUUAGUACUUCUUUAAUCAUUUUAACCCAUUUUGUUCUUUUUUCUUGAGGAAAAGAUGAGCCAAUUUUCAAGCCGGGCCACUCUGCAGCCAUUGCGUAGAGUUGUGGGAUUGUUGCCAAAUUUGCUUACGUUAAUGGAUUUUGUCUAUUGGGAAACGUGAGCUACUGUCAAAUAUUUAAAAGAUUUUGCUGGCUCUUUAAUAUCUAACUACGGGAUCUUGAGCAUAACGAAACUUUUCAAGGUAGUAAAUCAUUUAAAAAAAGUUAAUAGCCGGAAUAGGUUAGUAGUUGGUAUGACAUAUAAGGCAACCUACUUGGCAAAAAACAUCUUGGAAUAUGCAUAAGAAGAAGUAUUUUGAAAAGAAGCUAAUUAGUGUCAAGUAGCCAUUAAGGCGCCUUCUUGCUUCCAUCCAAAAUUCCUUUUGUAAAUUUCAUAAAAAUGAUUAUGUACCUUGAUAUCUUGAAUUCUGGUUCGUAUACAAUCUCUCAAGCAUACUAUUUAAGGUCAAGCUCCACUCCCUGCAAAAGAGUAAUUUAUGCAUUUAAAUAUGUAGUACCUACAUUUGAGAUGACUUAGUCUAUUUUUGUGUUGACAAAGUUUAUGCCUCA